GUCAAAAAAGCGUUCAGUCAAAACACGCCGUUCCCACACAACAAACACACGGCACACCAAAACUCACACACGGCACUAGCAAUACAGGGAACAGCCAAGUGACAAUGGUGGAGUUCAGAGGACAAGGCGGAUCCUGUACCGGUAUGCCCAUGGGCAACAAUCAGGCAGUCCCAUUAGCAAAACUCCUUUGUGAGGCCUAUUUGCCUCCUCCAGCCUCAGUUGCAGCAGGCAACAAUAACAAUGAACCUGCUUUUGGAGGAAGAGCUCCCCAAGGAAUGCAGCACAAUUUCAUGCUUUCCCUCCGAAAUACUCUUCAUGAUGUAUUGAAUGCGCAAAUUGAAGGAGACGAGGAAGCUGAUGACACGUUUCUUGAGACGACUGGUACCGCCAAUGAGAGGAAUCCUGCUGCUCUUGCUGACGUCUCUGAUGGUGGUGACCAGACUGCCUCCCAGCUCAACAGCACUGAAGGUGCAGCCAAUAUGUAAUCAUCCUCACUGUGGUGGAAGCACCAUGUCCAGCCCAAGUACAAACCCAUCUUUGAUUUGGCGGGGGGUUGGAUUGGUCCACCACCAUCCAUGAAGUAGACGAGCACUGGGAAGACCGUGAAGCAUUGACACCACUAGCUGGUUCCAUACUACGUAGAAACAACUAUACAUCAUAAUCUAAUACCAUCAAGUACAUGC